AUGGAAUUCUAUGGACCAAAUCUCCAAUCGAUGGGAGGGACAUUCUUGACGAACAACCUUAUCAACGAACCUUCCCCCGGCCAAAUUCCAGCUCUUCUUCUUCAUGGACCGAAGGAUCAAGGGCUUCUACUGUUGUCAACAUGGAACCAAUGCGACUAUAGAUGCUAUCUUCAUCCUUACAAAUUUUAUCUUUUUCAGAAUAAAUGGCUUGAACUAUUUCCAACCAUAGUGUUGGAAGAGAUAACAAUCCGAGUCUUGUUCAAUGGAUCAUCCUCGGAUAACCCAGAUGGGUCUUUGCAGCUUAUAUACACAGAGUUGCAAGCGACUACACCAUUUAUUUCCAAAAGGAGGUUUGCUUUUCUUACAACUUGUAAACAAAUCGAUCAAUCAACUUGGGUAGUUGCAGGCGUUCCAAUUGAAGCUUCUGGGAAUGUUGGUUAUCCAUCCGGAUGUCAAGGAACAGCCGAGGGAUUAUCUAAGGUCAUAUGGGUGGAGCAUUUCAAAAUUAAACAAAGAUCUGUAGAACGCAAGUUUUACAAUCUUCUGGGCCAUAUAGGCUUUGCAUUUGGAGCUGAACGAUGGGCCGCAUGCCUUGAACGAUCAUGUGAAAGUAAAUCUUAUGAGAUACAGAUUGAUACUUCCGCUCCAGGAUUAUCAGAAGGGGAUCUAUAUGAUUAUGAGAAUACAUAUAUGAUGGAGUUGGGACAAAGGAUGGUUGAUGCCUUCUGUCAGAUUAUUAGUCCUUUUAGUCCUACCAUUGACGAUCUCGGGUGGUCAUUUGUUUCUGGUCCCCCGUCCUUGAAGAUUUAUGCAACCGUCCGUGAGUCUCCCUUUUACGAUGAUCCGAAAGAAAUGGUCAUAGUAGCAGCUACCACCCUUCGUCUACGCCAGUCUCCAGAGUUUGUCUUUGAAAUCCUUGCAGAUGAACGUAGACGUCAUGAGUGGGAUUUGUCUGGGAGGCCUAAGGGACUAACAAAGGUGGGACAUUACAUAUCUGGCAAUGACACCAGGAACCGCAUAUCUCUUUAUGAGAUUGACAAGUCAAGCGGUCAUCAUAUACUCCAAGAGACUAGUUUCAACCGAUCUGGAUCGUUAGUGGUAUGGUCCAUGGUUAAACAUAGGAAGUAUGAUGGUGGAUUACCUAUGUGUCUUCCUCUGAAUACCUUAAAAGGGUUCUCUAUCAGCUCCAACAGCCUCCAAAACAAUAUCAAUAGUAGCAGCAAUACGGAUGGUGCUGGCUCACUUGUGACGCUAGGGGUACAGCUUAGGGCCAUCAGCAUCAAGCCAUUGGAAGAACUAGACCCAAAAGAAAUGCCAAUGGACUCCAUCAACAAAUAUAUAAAGGAGACUGUUCGCAGACUCGUCCGCCUUCUGAAAAAGGUAUACAUGAGAACGCAAUUGGCUUAA